GGCUAGGAGUCGCCGGAGUAGUGUGUGUGUGGCCAGAGCCCGGAGUAUCCCGGGUUUAUUAUUGCGGACCGCGCCUUCUUCAGGCUCAGUAUCUGGCCCAGGCAUUUGUCAUCCAUGGCUCUUGUGAUAUGCCGAAGAUGUCCAGGCAGUUUCUGUGGAACAUCUCCUUGCCCAGCUCUAAUCAAGCACCAUAUAAACAAGAAAUUGCCUGGUCACACAUGUGAGGACUGUGCUCUCACUGCCAAAAAGAUCAGUACUGACAGAAUGGCAGCCACUGUCAAGUUAUUAAAACCUUUAAAAUAUCAAGCCUUUUGCAGUCCUAUUGCCUACAGUGCAACCCAAAGUAUGCUGUAUUGGAGUAUGGGAAGCAGCAGGUGGUACAGGGGACAGGACCAUCCAGAGCACAGUGGUCCCUGCCAUCCUGCCAGAAGAGUGAAGACCAUUGGUGGCACCUCCUCUUCUCAGAGAGUCCUCAUAACCAACAGCACCCUUCUGGGCUUGGGAUUUCACAAGGCUUUUGCCUCGAAGGCCAGCACAUUGCAACUGGGUUUGCCCAGGACUGAGAGAGCUGAUGAAGACGAUGUAGAAGUUUUUGAUUCCUUUAAACACAUUCGAGUUUUCCUUCAGCUAAGGCCAGAGUACCAGCUUCACAGCUAUAACAAAUCAGAGACUUGUCAACCUCUAUCUGUUUCAGAGAGUGAACUAAUUUUGCACAAAGUCAGAGUGAAUCAAAAUAACCUCCAGCCUCAAACCAUUGUUGAUUAUUUCUGUAAGCUGAGUUCUUUGCCUGCAGAGCAGUGUCCCAUUUUGCUGUCGAGUGCCAGCUUUGCUCUGCUCUGCCAGCUAAGUGUAGAAAAUAUAAAACUCUUUGAUAUCCCAGGUCUGAUCAGUAUUUUAAAAGCUUUCGUCAAUUUAGAAAUCCCUCACUCCCACCCAAUGCUGGAUGUGUAUGAAACCAGAUUCGGCCAUCAUGUAUGGGAGAUGAGUCUGGAUCAGCUUCUCUUGGUGGCUGAUCUCUGGAGGUGCUUAGGCCGCAAAGCACCUCGGUUCGUGAAAAUUUUUUUUAGUUAUCUUAAUUUGCACUGGAAAGAUCUAUCUUUGUCCCAGUUGAUUCACUUAAUUUAUAUUAUAGGUGAAAAUCGUCAGGUACCACAGGACCUAAUGCAAAAACUAGAAUCAUUGAUCCUUAAGUAUAUUGAUUUCAUCAACUUAGAGGAAGUUGGUACAAUCUGUUUGGGCUUCUUUAAGUCCAGUAGUAGUCUCUCUGAAUUUGUCAUGCGGAAAAUUGGAGACUUGGCUUGUGCUGACAUGCACCGUCUAAGUAGUCACGCCUUAGUGCAUGUUCUUAAAAUGUUCCGUUUCACUCAUGUGGAUCAUGUAAAUUUUAUGAAGCGGUUUGCAGAGAUUGCGCCUCAGAGAAUUCCUUCCCUGGGCGUUCAGGGUGUCAUGCACUUGACUCUUGCAUGCUCAGCCUUACGUAUGUUGGAUGAAGGUGUAAUGAAUGCAGUGGCUGCCUCUUUGCCUCCUCGGGUAGUACACUGUCGAUGUAAAGAUAUUGCCAAAAUUCUAUGGUCAUUUGGAAGUCUGAAUUAUAAGCCACCCAACACAGAAGAAUUUUAUUCCAGCUUGAUAAAUGAAAUUCACAGAAAGAUGCCUGAAUUCAACCAAUACCCAGAACACCUGUUCACCUGCCUGCUCGGUCUGGCAUUUUCUGAAUACUUUCCAGCAGAGCUUAUCAGUGUUGCUCUGAGUCCAGAGUUUGUCAGGUUAGCUCAAGACAGCUGUAAGUAUGAACUUACUAAGGAACUGUACACUCUUGAUGGUACGGUUGGCAUUGAAUGUCCAGAUUACAAAGGUAAUCGUCUUAGUUCUCACCUUCAGCAAGAGGCAUCUGCAAAUCUGUGGGAUUUGGCAAGGAAGGAUAUGAACUCAAGGCCUGAAUUCCUAGAAGCUCUCUCUUUUCUUGAGAUCAUGUUAGGUGGCCCCCAGUAUGUCAAGCACCAUAUGAUUUUACCUCAUACACGAUCUUCUGACUUAGAGGUGCAGCUUGAUGUUAACAUGAACCCGCUACCAUUUAACAGAGAAGCCAUACCAGCUGAAGACAAGGUCAAUUUAAAGCUUAAGCGUGUGGGAGUCAGCCUUACAGAUGAUUUGAUGAAUCAGUUGCUAAAAGGGAAAGCAAAAAGGCAUUUUCAGACAGAAAUUGAGUCAGAGACUGGGCAACGGCCCAUGAAGUUGGAGAAGGCAGCCUUACCAUUGGGGAGCUCCCUUUGCAAUGUGACAGAUGGACCAGGGGCUGUUGACAUGCCUGGCCUAUGUCCUCUAGUCCAUACGCAGGCCCCACCAGUGAAGCUGGCCAUUCAGUUCACACAUAGGAACCAGUAUUGCUAUGGUACAAGGAAUCUACUUGGACUGCACAGUAUGAAGCGGCGGCAGCUGGUUCGGCUUGGGUACCAUGUGAUUGAGUUACCCCACUGGGAGUGGUUCCCGCUUUUGAAACGAACUCGCUCAGAGAAGCUGGCAUUCCUCCAUGAAAAGGUGUUCGCCUCUGCUCUCUGAACAGUCUUCAGGAGCAUUUCUUCUCAAAAAAUGUGUAGGUGUAUAUAGUACAAGGCAUAUUGAUGCUGAAAAAAUUUCAGAUUUUGGAGCAUUUUGGAUUUUAAAUGUUUAGAUUUAGGGGUACUCAUGGUAGUCUAUGCAAUUAUUUCCAAAUCUGAAACAACCUGAAAUCUGAAACGCUUCUGUUCUUAAGCCUUUUAGAUAAGGGAUACACAACCUGUAUUGCAAAAUAAUUAUAAAUGCCAAAAUAUAAGUGUGAUAAUAAAAUAAUCUGUUGAGACUUGU